GAGGUUCCAAGACCCUUUUUGCUCUCAGUCCGCCGCUCAACUCGACGCCUCCACGCUCGCUCGCCUCUUCCGCUGCCGCUCCUUUGCAACUCUGCCAUCCCUACCAUCUCGCUCUGACUCUCGCGCAUGGCAUCGAUAGCCCAGCCGGCCAACGUCUCUACAGCCAUUGGUCCCCGCAAGACUGGCAACGAUGCUGAGUCAUUGCGGGCACAGAGCAAGGCCGCUGGAUUCGGAAAUGAGACUGUCAAUUCUUUCUUGGACCGCCAGCCGCAACAAACCCUCGUACGCCUCUAUCAACGUCCCAGCAAUGCACUCGCAGUCUUCCGCCUCUUGCCACCAAUGGCUCGCCAGCUCGUAAUGCACCUCCUCUUCCUCGACGGCCCGCUCAGCACAGCAGACUACAUGACUUGGAUUCGCCGCGGAGAAGGCAAAAGGCAGCACGAGGCAGCUGUCCAACGUCUAGGCCGCUUACACAUCUUGCGCGAGCAACAGGGCAAGCUGAUGUUGAGCAAUGUCUUCCAGGACAAGAUGCAGCGCGCCUUGAUGGGCGGCGGGGACCAUCAAUCCUUUGGCGUGCCAGCGGCCGACACAGACGGCGAAGCACCAGUCGAUGUCGCCUUUUUAGACGACUACGCACGCAGCAGCUGGGAAGGCAUACUGCACUAUAUGGUCGGAUCAGAGGGGGCCACCACACCGCGAGAAGCUGUCCUCUUCCUCCUUCGUCACUCGGACUUGAUGCAGCCUCUUGACGAUGGAACGAUCCAGCGCAGAAACGGAGCGACUGGGCCGCUGGGCAUCACGUCGCGCGGGUUUCAAUUCUUGCUCGAAGACGUCAACACACAACUGUGGGACUUACUGCUCCAAUACCUAAGCUUGGCGUCGGAACGCCGCAUGGACCUCGUAGAGGUGCUCUCCUUCCUCUUCAUGCUGGGAAGUCUGACCGUGGGCCAGGCUUACUCCACGGCCGAUCUGCCAGAGUCGCAAUUACACUGCCUGCAAGACUUCCGGGACUAUGGACUCGUGUACCAGCCACAGCGCUCCGCACGCUCCCCAGCCCCGUCGUAUUUCUACCCAACCCGCCUCGCUACGACCCUCACAAGCACAGCUGCCUCCUCGACAGGCGCUUCCACCCUGCCCUCGAGCAACAGUGAUGAAGCAGAAGAGCGGGGCUUCAUCAUCCUCGAAACCAACUACCGCCUCUACGCCUACACCUCCAAUCCUUUACGAAUCGCCGUACUGCAACUCUUCACGCAUGUCCGCUCACGGUUUCCAAACCUGAUCAUCGGGGUCAUUACGCGGGAGAGCAUCAAGGCGGCCCUGGCAAAGGGCAUCUCGGCCGAGCAGAUUAUUACGUACCUGAGCCAUCAUGCUCACGCGCAGAUGUACCGCAAUGACCCUCUCCUGCCCAUCACCGUGACCGAUCAAAUCCGCCUCUGGGAGCGCGAAAAGAAUCGCCUCGUCUCCCACCCAGGCUACCUCUACGCCGACUUCUCCUCUCACGCUGACUUUGCCCUCGUGCGGGACUACGCCAAGAGCUUGAGCGUGCUGGUUUGGGAGAAGGAGGAGAAGAGGGUAUGCUUUGUGCGCGAGGAGGGGCAUGAGGCUGUCAAGGACUUUAUUAGGAGGAGAUUGAUGCCGUAGUCGCACGGAAGGGAGGCCAGCCUGAUCUUCAAUGCGCAAUCACUACAUCGACGGCAAGCCAGCGUGCUAAAAUGCCUCUUCGUCGUAACGGCGAGGCUCAAGUCAAUCUCGCACCCGCUCCUCCUUCCUAUCACGACUCUGCCCUCAAGUGCAGCUAUGCCUGAAGAUCCGGCAGUCCUGGGCACAACACGUCGUCGGCGAAUGACGUCAAAGUCUACUGAGA